CGUAGAGGCCGGGAGGCGGGAUUGCACGGCGCGUCAAGAUAGGGUGAGCGGCAGACAGAAGCUGGAAGUGGUGAUAUUUAAAAAUCUUUGGUGUAGAAGUUAGGAAAACACUGUAAAUUUCACCGUGUUUGGGCUUGACUGACAACUACGCAGAAUGUCGCACAUGUCAUAUAAUGGUGGGGCUGUCAUGGCCAUGAGGGGUAAAGAUUGUGUGGCAAUAGCAGCUGACAGGCGGUUUGGAAUUCAGGCACAACUGGUGACAACUGACUUCCAGAAAAUCUUUCCGAUGGGCGAGAGGUUAUUUAUUGGACUGGCUGGUCUCGGCACAGAUGUACAGACUGUUUCACAGCGUCUCAAAUUCAGGUUGAACCUGUAUGAAUUAAAAGAAGGAAGACAGAUCAAACCGAAAACAUUUAUGAGCAUGGUGUCAAAUCUUCUCUAUGAGCGACGAUUUGGCCCGUACUACGUCGAACCAGUGAUUGCAGGUCUCGAUCCCAAAACAUAUCAACCGUUUAUUUGUUCACUUGACUUAAUUGGAUGCCCAAUGGAGACCGAAGACUUUGUGGUCAGCGGAACGUGUUCUGAACAAAUGUACGGCAUGUGUGAGUCCCUUUGGGAACCAGACAUGGAACCAGAAGAUCUGUUUGAAACUAUAUCUCAGGCUAUGCUGAAUGCCGUGGAUAGAGAUGCUGUAUCUGGUAUGGGUGUCAUCGUUCACAUCAUUGAAAAAGACAAGAUUACCACCAGAACAUUGAAGGCUCGUAUGGAUUAAAAACAAAACCUCUGCAACACACUUUGCAAUACAGCUUUUUUUGUUUGUGUCGUUUCCUACUUUUAGGUGUGUCAGAACAGAAGAGCAUCAGUCGAAGCAGGAUAAUUUGAAUGGAAUAACUUUUCGUAUUCUAUUUGGCAGUCAUUGAGUAUUCUGUUUAUAUGAUGUAAUUAAAAUAAACUAGUUAUAUAACGGG